CCAUUUCUCUCAAACUACUCUCUCAAGUGAAAUGAAGAAUAAAAUCGACAGCUUCAUGGAACAAAUGGUUAAAUGUCGCCGCAUUCCAGGCGCGAUGUUAGCCGUUGUAAACGGUGAUGCUACAUACGCCACAGGGUAUGGUGUCGUCGACGUCGACAGCGGCCGGAAGGUUGAUAAGGAGACUCUGUUUAACAUCGGUUCUAUUAGCAAAAUGUUUACAUCGGCAAUACUGGUGGAUAUCAUGCAGAGAAAUAAGAAAUCUUUAAAUGGAAACACUGUAACGUGGGAUUCGAAACUGGCUGAUCUGUUAGGACCGGACUAUGCGCUGAACGACGGACUGGAUGGACUGUCGCUGUCAACGCUUCGAGAUAUUGUGUCUCACCGCACCGGCAUCGCAACAGCUGACCUCGGAAUAUAUGCUGGCUACCAUGACAAUCUGACCAGGGAAGAAUUCUCAAAGCGUCUAAGACUGCUUCCUGCUAAAUAUUCUUUCCGUGACCAAUUUCUGUAUAGCAACGUACUGAGUACUUUGGCAGGUCACGUGGCGGAAAAGCUAACAGGACAACAAUGGGAGGAUCUUUUGGAAGAGAGACUAUGGCAACCUCUGGGCAUGACGUCAUCGACCGUUUUAGACCAAGCUUUCUUUUUAAAGAAUAAUAUUGCUGCUCCUCAUAUUUUCAAUGUGACCACACACAGACUCGAAGUUCAAGAUCAUUCUAUAUACAGAAUCCACCCUCUUGAACCAUCAGGAGCGCUGUGCUCCAAUGCUGAAGACCUGGUCAAGUGGUUGCGCCAUCUGCUGGGGGUUUAUCGAUUCGACCCGAUCUUCACCACGCCGAGCGGCCCUCGCUUCCUGGAGAUGUUCAGAGAUCAAGUGCUGUUGAAGGCGACCCGGAGAGAGUAUCGUAAAGUACAUCCCCCCGUGUUCCCUGUGGACGACGUGCAGGUGGCUUACUGUCUCAGUCUGAUGACCAGAUAUUAUAAUGGUAUAAAGGUGUUCUUCCACGGUGGCGACUUUUACGCGUAUUCUUCAAUGCUCUGGCUUGUCCCAGGGAUUAACACGGGGUUUGUCAUCAGCAUAAACGGACCUGGGCAAACAUUCGAAACAAUCACCGCCAUGCUCUAUUACCUGACCGAAUUGUUCAGAGGCUACGGAUCCUGGAUUAACACCACGACCGCCUGUUCCUUCCCACUGCCAUGGGAGGCCCAGGUCGUACGUAUGAAACCUCUUCCUCCGAAGAAACCCGUUAACACGCCUCUGACGAAACCCGCCAGCACGUAUACGGGUGUUUACGGUAACGGAGUUGUUGGGAAUCUGUUUAUUGAAGAGACUUCAGAUGGCAAGGGGUUGUUCUGCAAGCUGGGAGUGCAACUUCGGGGAAGGCUGAGACCAGACGAGGAGCUUCCAAAUGAUGGGAUGGCCUUGGAAAUUGAAGGUCCGAUGACCAUGGUUAAAGAUUUAGACGUUGGAAUAUAUCUGGAGUUUUUGCAACAAAACCAAGAUGGCAAAUAUGACCUGGUGGUCGCCCACUGGCAUAUCGAGGAUCACAAUUUCACCAGAGAUGCUCUCUUUGAUGAUGCUCUGACAGACCACUCGAGAAGAUUGGCUCUGAAAUCGUCAGACACUUGCAGCAGUCGUUCGUGGAAUAGUGGACCACGGAUUUCUGUCGCCGCCAUCACGCUCACGGCGUGGCUGGUUGCGUCUUCAUGAAGCAGGUCUGGUGUGAGUUCAGUCAGCCGUUUGUCGCUAACGCUUGCUAGACUGGGUUUUACGCCAUAUACGUUAAAUCGUAGGAGUCCAGUCAUAGUUUGCAAACGGCUGACUGAACGUAAGACUGCGUUUAGCGACAGCAGGCAUAGCUAAUGGUCGCCAACCAAAUAACUAAUUCCCAAUUUAGUCAUUCAACUCUGGUUGAACACAGUCCUGGACCGAACAGAUAAUGCAUUUACUAAUUCAGGGUCUCCUAUAUUGAGUGGGACUGAACAAAUAGUCUUAUUUAUAAUCAUUGCAGGCCUGUAGUGAGGCAUUUUGUUGAAAUUAAUAAGACAAUAUUUCACCUACUUUUGAGAUUCUUAUUUUUAGAAUUAAUGAACUUAAUAUGUGAUUGUUCGAUAUUUUACUUACUGUCUGAAAUUAAUUGGUGUCAUUCAUGAUUUGGCCAUCCUACGCAUUAUUUUCACAGAGACCCACAUGCACCCUAUUUGUAAAGUAAACGGAAUUUAUGCUAAAUGAAUAAAUUCCGUUUAGUUUAAUCAUAUCGCAUUUACUUUACAAAUAGGGUGCAUGUGUGCGUCGUCUGUGAAAAUAAUGUUCAGUGGGGAUCUGGGGGCAGGCAGGGGCCCGUCUCACCCCCCCCCCCCCCCUCCUUCAACUUUUGCGACAGUCAUAUUUUUAUUUAAUUUUUUCAUUUUUUACGUUGGAGUAUCAGAGGAAUCACUUCGGGAACGUUUGUAGCAUUCGGCCUCAUAUCAUUGCCCCCCCCCCCCACCCCCCUCCAAAUCCAUUUUGGAUCCACUACUGAUGCCUAAUAAUAAAUGGUAACUUGUUUAUGAUGAUCCGUAUCAUAUCUGAUACAUUUUACUACUUACAGACACGUACGCAUACCAUACCAUAUGUUAUACCGUAUGUUAAAAUAGUGUAUGGCCAAUGCUAUAUCAGUAUUAUUGUAUACCAAUGUCUUUUGAUACUAGUCAAUAUUUGUGUAAUUUUUGUUUACAUAUACUCUAUAUUAUUUGACAUAUAAUGGACUAAUUGUUGUUCUCAGGUUUCUCUUCGUGCAUAUCUAUGUAUACAUGUAUGUUUAAUAUAUAAAAUGCGGAUAUGAUGAGAAUUUGUUUUAAUUAUUAGCGUUAAAUAGAGAUUAUAAUGCAAGCUGCUGUUCUGAACAAAUUUGAUUAAACGUG